GAACGGCCAUUCUGAAUGGCCAGCUGCUCGCUUUGAAACUAGCAACGCCUGUCAUCGGCUCCUUGUUCCGCUCUGUCACCGACCCCGCUGCUCGGCUUAGACUCCAUCCGCCAACGCUCUCCGGCGCCAUCCCUUGGAGGCGAAAGGUUGCGACUGUCGCGUUCCCUCGUGUCAAAUUCCCUAGUGCGGCGCGGAUCCUCGCGAGCGGCCGUGCCGCAAUGGUAACCAGCGCGAGUCCAGCUGCUAGGAGUUCCACCGGGCUCGCGUUCGUGUUCGACGCGCACUCACUGCGAUGGCGGGCCGCCAGCAACCUGCUGCUGAACGGCGCUGACUCGGAGUCCCAGUCGGACACCAGCAACCGCCGCAGAUGGCGCUUGUUACAAGAGCCGUUCUGCCCGUCGCGCGCGAGACUGUGGACCACGGACGACCUGCCGCGCCUUGCGACGGACGACCUGCCCAGGCCGUGCGGGGAGACGCGUGCAGAAGUGGAGCGCCCAGUGGCGCGGGUAUCCCUUGAGUCAACUCACAAUCCAAGGGCCUCUGACCCUCGUUCCCCCUCCGACCCGCCUUCGUCAUCCACGCUACAAUCGCCGCCUGCAAUCGGCGCAGCAGUGCAAUCACCAAGAGCGGCAGAAGCAACACCAGCAGCAGCAGCACCAGCAGAAGCGUCGGAAGCAGCAGCAGGGGACGCGGCAGCACAGGGGCGGCGGCGAGCAGGUCCCUUCCUGGGCGACGAGCUGCUGGGCAUGGAGCAGCUGACGGGCGUGGUGCGGGGCACCCUUCGCUUCUGUUGCUCCGAUGACUCCCACUGGCCCCACGGCGACGGCUCGUUCCUAUCCUCGGACGACCGUUGCAAGAUCCGAUCCCUCUGGGACCCCACGGAGUUUCAUACGCGUUUAGAGCAGCUGCUGACACGAAACCAGAAGCACGUCACGGUGACGUCCCUUCACAUCCCCGCGUCUCUCGUCUCUGACCAGCCGUGGCUGCUCAAGCGGCUGAUGCGGGUCGUCUCGCAGUCGUGCGCCAGCCUGCAGUCGCUGUGCCUCCAGGCGCAGCCAGAGCGCGGGUGGUGUCCGUUGCACGAGGAUUUGAGGGAGCCCAGGGAUUGGGGAUGGAAGAAGCCAGCUCAGCUGGAACAGGUGGGGCAGCUUAUAACGGCUUGCCCCCACCUGCGCUCGCUACACUUCAACCUCAAUAACAAAUACAUCGAUAUAAGUGAGGAAGUCGCACCGCUCCUCUCCCAUCUCGCCCACCUCUCCCUCCCUCUCUGCAACCUCCCUCCCUGCCUCCUUCCCCACCUCUCCUCCCUCCGCUCCCUCCAUCUCUCCCUCUCUGCACCCCACCAUCCCCUCCUCCUCUCCGGCGUCCCCUUCCACUCUCUCUCCCGCCUCUCCCUCCUCCACCUCUCCCUUGGCUCUUUUGCCUCGGGGCUGUCCGAGCCUCUCUCCCCGGACCUGUUUGCUGGGCUCGGACCGAGCCUGCGGUCCUUGACUUUCCUCGUGUGUGCGAAGCAGAAAGGGCCCGCAGAGAAAAGGAGAAGAUACCGUGAUGGGAGAGCGGAUAAGGGAGGGGAUGGGGGAGGGGAUGGGGGACGAAAGGGGCAGAGGAGUGGAGGAGGGAGUGGGAAGGAGGUGGAGGAGGAUGGCGGAUGGGUGGGGGACGCGUGGGGUCGGGAGGACGAGGUGGUGUGCUGGGUGCCUGGCUCGGUGUGGUCGCUCUCUCGCCUGCAGCAGCUGACCACCAACGUGGGAGGCGCGUGGGAUAGCACGGGACUAAAUGUCCUCUUCCCACCCCAUGCCUCUCACUCAACCCCUCCCUCCGCCUCCUGCUCCUGCUGCUGCUGCUGCUCCUCCUCCUCCUCUUCGUUGCACCAGCACCAGCAGCACCACCAGUGCCUAGCCUCCCUUCCUAGCCUCACCUCUCUUUCCCUCCCCUCUCACCGCACCUUCCCUCCGUGCCUCUCCUCCCUCUCCUCCCUCACUCACCUCUCCAUCCCCCUCGCCGCCCCUCUCCUGUCCCCCCAUUCCCUCGCGCUCUUCUCCCACUGCCCCCGCUUGACUCACCUGCACGCGUGCGGGGAGGGCCCCACCGAACCCGAACCUGGUCUCGCCGAGCCUCCAUUCUGCCACGAAGCAGUCCCUUUCUCCGGCUCCCUCCGCCACGUGACCCUCACGGGGACAGCUGGCGUGAUCCCAUUGGCUGUAUGGGGACGCCUGUGCCCCCAGCUGCAGACGCUCAAGAUCCAUGGCUCGCCCCACGUGGCGGUGCAGGGGCGGGGGGAGCAGAUGGGGGAGCAUUCUGGGGAGGGGGAUGUGGGGCAGGGCGCAUGUGGUGAAGGGGAGGACGCAUGUGGUGCAGGUGGUGCAGCAGCGUGCUUCUUCCCUUUGCUUGAGGAGCUUGUGCUGCGCAGCGUGAGAAGCCAUGGGCAGGCAGGGUCAGAGCAGCUGGCUCGGCAGCAGCAGCCGGCCCAGCAGGCGCAUACUCUUGCAUUCAUGGGCCAUCUGCCCUGCCUAACCCACUUGGCCAUCGAAGAUACUUCCCACCCCCCCCUGCACGCCCCCACCAUCCUCGCCGCCCUCCUCCCCAGCCUCACCUUCCUCCGCGUCCACUCUCCCCCACCUGGCCCCCUCCCCGUGCUGCCUAAGCUGCGAGCGCUCAUAGUCGGGUCGUACCCUCACACCUCGCGCUUCCUCUCCGCCCUCUCCCUCUUCCCCUCCCUCUCCUCCCUCCGCAUCCUCAACCUCUCCAUGCACAACUACCACUCCGCCCUCUCCUGCCCUCCCUCACUCAAAUGCCUCCAAAUUUGCCACUCCGCCACUCCUCUCCUCCCCGACUCCCUCCGCCUCUUCUCCUCCCUCACUCGCCUCGACCUCUUCCAGUGUGUGCCGCUCCGCGCCCUCCCCUCCUUCCUCUCCGCCUUCUCCUCCCUCGCCCACUUCUCCUUCGACCAUGACUAUUAUCACCCAGUGGUUGUGCCCAUGGGCCUUGAAGGGUACCUCCAGGGGAAGAGGUGGGCGCAAGAGAAGGAGGAGGGAGAGUGGAGGGAGUGGGGUGGGAUGGAGAAGCAAGAGAGGAGAUGGAGGAGGGAGUGGAUGGGGGCAAAGGAGAGGAGGAGGAUUCGGUUUCAGAGUGUGUUUAAGGAGUCAUCGUUGAGUGAGGCGCAGAAGGAGGAGCAGAGGGAGUGGUGGAUUCAGGUGGGGAAAGAGGAGGAGGAGGAGGGAGGGUACCAGUCGUUGCAUCAGGGUGCAAGAGGAGAGGAGGAUGACAAGCAGCAGCAGCAGCAGCAGCAGCAGGCGGAGCAGGGGGCGAAGUUGGUGCGAGGGGCACAGAAGGUGGAUCUGAGAGCCAUAACGACGAAGCAGCAUGGCACGAAUCAAGACCCGCAAAACCACUCGCGGUUACCAGCAGAGGAGCUGCAGGAUGGGCGGCAUGACAGCAGCAGCAUGAGCAGCAGAAGCGCUAACACCAGCUCCAGCACCAGCACUACCAACAAUGGUAAGCCGCCGCCGCAGUUAUCAGCAGAGGUGCUACAGGCCGUGCUGCAGCGGCUGCAGGGGCCUAUGGAGGAGGCACGAGUGAGCGGUGUGUGCCGCGAGUGGCGCCGCUGGUGCCGCCUCCACACCUCUUGCUUCGCCUUUGCCCUCCACCCCCUCUUGCUGUCCUGGGUUCCCCUCGCCCUGCUCCAACCCCCUCCUUCCUCCCCCUCCUCCUCGUCCUCCUCCUCCUCCACCUCCUCCUCCUUCUCUCUUAAUCUAGUCUGCAGAAGCGGCAGCAGGAGGCGCGAGCACAGGAUGACAAGUCUCAACGGUCCGCCCCUUUUCUCCUCCACAUGGCACCCCGCUGACUCCCCCUUCUGGGUCAUCCACUCCCCCCCUCCACCCGCUCCUUCUCCCUGCUCCCCUCCUCCUCCGCUCCCUUCACCAUCCCCCCUCCCAUCGCCCCCUGCUCCCUCUCCACCUGCUUCACACACCUGCUGCACAGGUGGCGUCCUUUGUCCCCCAUCUGGUUCUCCCCCGUCUGGUUCGCCUCGCUCCCCUCGCCCGCCUCCCUCGCCCGGACCAUCGCCCUCUACCCCAGCCUCUCUGCGCUCGUCCUGCCCUUAGUCUCCACCGCUGCCCGCCCCCUCCGCCCCUCCCACGUGCGCCCUCUCCUCUCCGCUGCCGCCGCUCAGCCCGCCCUCUCCUCGCUGUCCGUGCUGCUGGAGGACGGGUAUAGGGACUACUGG